CCCACGGCACCUUAUGUCUGCUAGCAACAGCCAUGAGUUACUUCUGAACCUUAAUAAUGGUCAGCUUCUGCCGCUGCGGGUUCAGGGUCCGCUUGCUCCCUGGAUCCCUUCCUUCUCUGGCCUCCCGCUGCAGCAGCAGGCUCCGAUUCCAGGGCAGCCGCAGAUCUCACUGCCAGCUCUGAACCCCUUAGCUGGACUGCUCCCAAAUGAGCUGCCUUUCCCAAGACAAGUCGGGUUUGCCCAAGGAGCCCAGACUGGCCAGCUGGACGCCGCACAGCUUCAGACACCGUCACAAGCCACACAAGGCCCUAAUCCUGUGAUGCCCUAUGUGUAUCCCUUCAAACCACCUCAAGAACAAGCACAGGUGUACUACCCUGUUUACAUGCUCCUACCCUGGGAACAAUAUCAGCAGACAGCCACACAGUCGCCCCAACAAACAGGGCCACCGCUAUUUGAGGAGCAGAUACCAUUUGAUGCUCAAUAUGGAUACAUUACACAGCCAGAAGAAACUGGUGUACCAGGAGGACAGCAGCAAUUUAUCCUUGAGCCGCUGCUGGGCACGGCGCCUGAAACUGUGCUGAUGCCGGGAGGAGAAGUGAUACCAUUUUUACAAAAAGAAGUGGUGAACUUCAGGCAUGACAAGGCAGAAGUGCUUCGGCAUUCGACCUCCCCGAAACCCAGCACGGCCACUGUGUUCACCUCUGGGGUAGACACCACCACUGCCUCGAUGCUUGCAGAACAAAAGGCCAAGACUGACAGCCUGAGAGAACCAUAAGAUGAUGUCCUAACCAUAAAGAGUUUUUG